AGCUUUGCUUAACCACCUUCUCUAAACUCUAUUCCGUCAAGUUUCAAGGACAAGCAUAAAAGUUUCACUUUGAGUGAGUUCAUGCAGUAUUUUGUGCGUGGUGUCUGCUUUUCCAUGGCCAAUAACGUGUGGGUUGGACGUAAGCAAAUUGCAGCUGCAGGAGAGGUUCGAAAGCUCUAGAGAAAGCGGAGUGUAAACAUAUCAUAUCCAAUCUGCUCUUUAAGAUAGAAAUUGUAUUCACAUUCUGCUGCGUCUGACGCUUCAGUGUCGCUAUUCACAAAACAGCCUUCACGGAAAUCGGUUUCCGAGAAUUUCUAAGGCAUCAGACUUGAGGAUGUGAAGAGGAGGGCUUUGGGGAAUUCGGUUUCUCUCUCUCUACACACACACACAGAGCUCGGGACCCAGCAGCAUGGAACAGUACAGACGGCUUUUGUAUUGUGCUCGAUUCUUCGCUGCAGCCGCGUUGAUCUUCUACUUCGUAACUUCGUGCACCAACUACUGGCUUCACGCUAUAACCUGUCGGACCGUGAACGACACGCUGGAAGAUGAAAGCCCACCGGUUCGUGCGGAAUUUGGUAUGUUGCGAGGUUCACCUAAGCCUCCGACCGAAUCUGUUGACAACACAACUGACCUGAGAUCUGGCACAGUGUCAACCGUUUCCACGGAAACUUUCAAUGGCAGCCCCAAAUCAAGUGGAAAGGAAGCAGUGUUGCCUAGAAAUGUACCUACACCACGUCGGAAAUGUAAGAGACGUAAGGGUUUCUUUUGGAAUUGCUUUGGUGGUCUCACUCCUCUUGCGUUGGUACUGCACACCCCAUCCUUGGUGACGUGGAUCAUGUGCAUGGGACCACCUUUCAGCAUCAUUGGCUCUGGAGGUGCAGACUCAGCUGGAUUGAAUGAUCUGUGGAAAAUGGGACUGAGGCAGGACAUACGGAAGAAGGAUUACAGGUUAAAUUACCAUCAUGAGGGUUUCUUCUGGAGAUGUUCAUUUAGCGACAAAGAGGAAAAGUAUCAACUUAAAAAAUUCAUUUACAUUUACCAACCACCUUUAAAAUGCUGCGUGCACGCCUUUCAUUCCCCAUUUCCAAACGUUGAAGGGAGAACCACGAAAGAAUUUGAAUCCUCAAUCUCGUACCGUAAAUUGUGGAGUGCACUGAUGUUCUUGGGAGUAACAUUUGUAACAAUUGGAUUCCUCUGCAUCAUCUACUCUGCAUGCUGUGAGAACUACAACAUGUAUAAAACAACUGGAGUAAUAUUCUUGAUUGCUGCCACUUUGCUCUUUCACCUUUUGGGACUGUGUAGAAACUUGGACGAGUGUGUAUCCGGUGUUACUCUGUACCGAAUGAUUCCUAAGGGCUUGGUGACUCCGUGGCUCCUCCCCAUGGAUCCAGGCAGCAGAGCUAUUGGUUUGAGAAGUGUGUCUUUCACCGUGUCAAUUAUCAUGUACUCCAUUUGGAUUUCAGCGGUAUCUCAGAUGAUUGCGGGAGACAUUGCUAAUUGCACUUCCAUUAUAACCAACUUGAAUUUUGGUGUAAAUUAUGGCUGGUCUUUUAUGGCAGCUCCUUUUGCAGUAUUGUUCUCUUUAAUUUCUGGCUUAUUUUUCAUUAAAAUCGCAGGUAUGAAUUGCAAGGAAAGUAAUAACUUCAUUUAAGCAUUUUUGUAAACAACUAUCUAAAAAUAAUUUAAAAAAUCAUAAUUCUACACAUUAAAAUAUAGCAAUGUUGAGACAUUAUAAUUUGGAGACCCCUUAUAUUAAUCAAUUUAUAAUCUGAGGUAAUUUUAACCUGCAUCUCUACAUUAUGAAUUUUCUAAUCUGCCAUAACCUUUCAUCUUUUAUGAAAGGUUUGCGUUCUGAGAAACUGCUGUUAUUUCAGAAAUAUAAAAGAUUGGGCAAUAUGCAAAUACUACUUUGACGUUGCACUUUCCUAUGUGAAAAGAGUGGUACACUGUUUCUUAUAGUGGCAAUUUGAUUUAUAAAUUGAUAAGGGACUCUACAAAGGGUUUGUAACAAAUUUCGAAAAGAAUGUUGCUUUUAAAUAAUCAAAACCACAAGGUAAUUUCAAACUAAUUUUCUGUUACAAUCAUCAGUUAGUUUAAAACUGAGCUGUUACUAGUCUCAGAUGACAAACCCUCUUUGGUUUCCUAUUGAUGUGCAUUGCUGUUGAUUGAAGAUCCGCUCCUUUGACUUCAAGCAUUUUUGGCUACUACUUAUACCACUGUACAAAAUGCCGAUGCAAAGAAGCAGGCAGUUCAAGGCUUUAUCUUUGAUACUUUAAUGUAUUUCACACGUUUUGUUAUACUUCAUAUUCCAGAAGUACACUUAAGGUAUUUUUAUUUGCUUUAUCAAUGUCAAAAUCUAUCUGGACACUCUUUAACUAAUCCAAUCAUGUUAUAUGUAUGGUCAGCACAUAUGUUCUCUCUGUAGCAUGAUAUAGUUCCAUUCCACUGACCCAUAGUUCAUCUUUCACAUUGUCAUUAUGGUCACUAUUCUGUGAUUAGCCAAUAUAUUGAAUUUUUCAUAGAAAUUAGAGGUUCAACAAUUAAUACAAACAUGAUAUUAAACUUACCUAAUAAUCUAAGUUGUAUGCAUGGAUAUGCUCAGGCAAAAUGCUACUCUAUAAUAGUGUUAUAAUGGAAAAUUAUGAAUCAAACUUAAAUAAUAAAUUUAAGAUUUAGCUUUAAUUGUAUUUGUAAUUAUAAACAUCUAACAUAGUAAUUCUGCAGAUGAUUCAAAGAUUUCUGGUGGUGUCGACAGAAGUUUGGAAAGGAAUACAGAGGGAUAUGGAUCAGUUGCAAAUAUGGGCAGAGAAAUGGCAGAUGGAGUUUAGCCCAGCCAAAUGUGAAGUGUUGCUCCUUGGUAGGUGAAAUAUAACCAGGCAGUACACUGUUAAGAACAAGACCCUUAGCAGUGUUGAUGAACAGAGGGAUCUUUGGGUUCAAGUUCAUAGCUCCCUGGAAAUGGCUGCACAGCUUGAUAGGGAGGUUAAGAAGUCAUAUGGCAUGCUUGCCUUUAUUAGUCACAGCACUGAGUUCAAAAGGCAGGAAGUUUCCCUGAGGUGUUAUAAAAUAUUAGUUAGGCAGCAUCUGGAGAAUUGCAUAUAGUUCUAGUCGCACCAUUAUAGGAAAGAUGUCAAGGAUUUGGAGAGAAUGCAGAAGAGGUAUAUCAUGAUCUUGCUUGGAUUAAAGGGCAUGUGCUAUAACGAGGGCUGUUUUCUCCAGAGUGCCAGAGACUGGGGGGGAGACCUGAUAAAGGUUUAUAAGAUUAUGAGAGGCACAGGCAGUGGCAUAGUGGCAUCAGCACUGGACUUUGGGGUGAGGGUUCAAGAGUUUGAAUCCGGCUGGCUCCCUUGCACGCUCUCUAUCUGUGCCUGGGUUGAGUGUCGAGCUAGCAACUCGACCUCAUAAAAACAACCUAGAGAGGGAUGGGCUCCACCAGGUUUCAGAUGCCCAAGACACGCUGUACAAUGAGCAAUCACGAAAAAGAUCGGUGCAAAAAAGCUUGUCCUGACGGCACCCCGACGACUCCACCAGGAGUUAAGGGCGAAGGGCGUCCACACACACACACACACACACACACACACACACACACACACACAACACACACACACACACACACACACACACACACACACACACACACACACACACACACACACACACACACACACACACACACACACACACA